AUGACUAUUCUUCAUGAUGAAUUAUGUAAAACCAUUUCCGAUGAAAAUAUUCAUCAUCAUGAACGACCUUUCCGAAAUCUAUUUAAGGAAUGGAUGCUCACGCCUUUCAGUUACAGCAACGGUUCUAAUGUCUGUUUGUCCUAUGAAACGUUUUUAUUGAUGGGAGGAUCUGUGGACAUUAGCUUUUUGCAACCAUGUCGAUUUCUCUGUGUUGUUUUUGAAAAGUGUUAUCAUGAAUUGGAUCCUGAAUGUCAAUUUUUAAUUCACAAAUUUAUGAUCAUGUGUCAUGUUUUACCUUUAUUUUGGAAAUGUCCAGUUGAUCAUAAUCGUUGGAUUGACGUUUCCUUCUCUAAAGAACUCGUUCCUUUCAAGUCUGUGAUUCCAAGCUCAUUUUCUAUGAAUUUCAUUGACCGAUUAUAUAAUUGGAUUGGAGAAUUAUUCACUGCAUCAACAACUGCAACUACUGCUACUACUGAUGAGACAAUCUCAAGAACAGAAUCAUCAUUGAAAAUUCAACGUAAAAUUCAGAUUUUGCCAGGAGAGCUUUUUAUUCACAUGUGUGGUGAUUUCCAAGCAAUGAAACAAGCACAUGGAAUUCCAAAAGAAUAUCGAACCAUUUUACAACCUAUAAGAAACUAUUACACCUCAGAAGAAAUGACGAUUGAUUACAAUUCCAUCAAUGAAGGUAAUCAAAUUUGUAUCCAACGUCAGAAUAUUUGGACAUUUUUACAAGAUCGAGUGGAUCUGUGUAUGGAACAAAACCAGCCCUCCCAACAACAUUUGCACCAUUACGAAAAGAAAGUCUUGAUAUUGAUAGUGAACAUCCCACAUAUGAUCAUCUCAUUCAAUAUGACUUUACCGCAAUGA